GACCGGUAUAACGUAAAACUAUUCCGUUUUGUUUCUAUUCCAACAUGGCCGACACCGCUCGGUCAUUGGUCGAAUUUUUUGAGGCCGCGCCCAUUUUUCCUGCCUGUCAAGCGACGUCAGGAAUGCACAAAAACUGCCACGUCAAAGUGACGUUUACGCACACAUUAUGCUAAAUUAUGCCGAACAAACCCGGCAAAUUCGUGGAAUAGCCGGUGAGUGCCCCGGUCCGUUUGGAAUAGAAAAAAAUGGCGGCCUUCGUGGUUUGUUUGGCGGCGGCGGCGGCGGCUCGUCUGUGCGGGCGCGGGAGGAGAGAGCCCGAGGAUGCGUUUGACAUGCCAGACGAUCAGUUUCGGCGGCACUUUCGCCUGAAGAAAGAAACUGUGCGGUGGCUGUGCGACGAAGUGGCGGAGGAACUCGGAGGCGUGAGAACUUCAGCGCUGUCGGUGGAGCGGCAAGUGUUGUGCGCGUUGCGAUUCUUCGCAACGGGCAGCUUUCAGGCCUCGGUAGGGAGCGAGGAGACGAUCGGCGUGACCCAGCCUGCGGUCAGCAAGUGUGUGCGACGCGUGGCGGAGGCAAUCGUCCACGCCGGGGCCCGCAACAAGUGGGUCCAUUUCCCGAGGACGUCGGAGGAGAAGGCGGCCGUGAAGGAAGGGUUCCUUCGACGCGGCUCCAUUCCCGGCGUCAUCGGAUGCGUGGACGGCAGCCUGAUAGCCAUCAUCGCACCGAAGGGCGAGCAGAAGGCGGCAUUCAUGUGCCGCAAAGGGUACUACGCCCUCAACACAAUGUUCAUCUGCGACGCAGGCAUGCGGAUCCUCGCCAUCGACCCUCUGCGACCGGGGUCAGACCACGACGCGCACGUCUGGAGAACUACGUGGUUGCGUCGUCGGUUCCUGGAGGGGCAUAUUGCCAAGGCCGGCGAACACCUCCUCGGUGACAGCGGCUACCCCCUGGAACCAUGGCUCCUGACCCCAGUCACAGGCCACCCUCCCGUACACACUGCAGAAGGCAGGUACAACACUGCACAUGCUGCCAUGCGGUCCGUAGUGGAGCGGUGCAUUGGGCUUUUGAAGAGCCGCUUUCGCUGCCUUCAGCGGUACCGCGCCCUCCACUACCAACCAGAGCGCGCUGCCAACAUCGUUGCAGCAUGUGCAGUGUUGCACAACUUGUGUCUUGAUGAAGGUGACGUGUUGUCGGAUGAUGUUAGUGAUGACAGCAGCAACAGCAGCAGUGACGAUGAAAGUGGCAACCCCUCCCCACAGAGAGUUCCCCAAGUGAGGGCAGCACGCAUGAUGUACAUGAGAGGCUGUGCUGCCCGGGAUAAUGUUAUUAGCUCAUUUGGCACGACACGGCAGCAGCACCAGCGAUACCUGCAAAGGGUGCGAAGGCGGCUGCGACGACAGCAGCACCGACAGCAGCAAUAAACAUGUGCCUGACACUGCAGGCAGAUGUUUAUUACCGCUGUCUACACAUCUAAUAGAGAGCAGGAACCAAUGUGAAGAAAUAUGUGCAAUUAGUGGAUAGCGUGCUGCUUUUUUUAUAGAAUGUGCUCAAUCAUAACCAGCGUUUUCACGUGUCCUCUGCCAGUGAGCUGUC